CCACUGCAUCUGACGCUCUGCAUUGCACUUGGUGAUGUAAUGCUUGGAUGCAGAUGCUCGGUCAUGGAAACCCAUUCCAUGAAGCUCUCUACGCAAUGUUGUUGGGCUUAUCUGAAGGCCACAUAAAGUUUGGCCUCCAAACAGUGCACUUCAGCAUACAGUUGUCGACUUCUGCGGGCUGUGCGCUUCAGCAUGCGCUGACUCUGCUUUGUCAUUUUACAUGGCCUAUCACUUGGUGGCUGAGUUGCUGUUGUUCCCAGUUGCUUCUACUUUGGUAUAAUACUACUAACAGUUGACCACGGAAUAUUUAGUAGCAAGAAAAUUUCAUGGCUGGAGUUAUUGCACAUGUGGUAACCUAUCACAAUACUACGCUUGAAUUCACUGAGCUCCUGAGAGCGACCCAUUCUUUCACAAAUGUUUGUAGAAGCAGUCUGCAUGACUAGGUACUUGAUUUUAUACACCUGUGGCCAUAGAGGUGAUUGGAACAACUGAAUCCAAUGAUUUAGAGGGG